AUGUACGCCACCCAGAUUGUUCUCACUCUUGGUUAUUUCCUUACCACUACCCUCUCAUACCCCGACCAUAACACGCCAAAAUGGACGUCCCUCGCUCCCAUCCCUAUCCCUCGGCAAGAGCACACCACACUAUACUUAGCACCAUCCACGAUUGUAGUCUUAGGCGGCAUCAUCCCUACACAUGACAACAGCACGAUUCCCGUCCGUACGACCUCUUUGAUGCAAUCCUACUCGAUCCCAAACAACACGUGGACCGCUGCCCCAGCUUUUCCAAGAGCGAUGAACCACAUCAACGCCGCCGUUGUGAAAGGGGAACUGUACGUCCUUGGUGGCCUGGCAGACCACGAGACGCCACCAGCAUGGCGCAGCGCGAGCGACUCCUUCGUCUACUCAACUCACACGCAAAAAUGGUCAGGCAUCCCUGGCCUGCGGACGGGAGAAGCGAGGGGCAGUGCAGCCGUCGGCGUUUACAAGGACCAGAUGAUACUCGCAGGCGGCAUGACGGAUCUCGAGCUCUUCGAGAACGGGACACAAGCCUCGGUGGCUGUGGUCAGCAUCUUCGACACAACACUGAAGCGGUGGCUGGAUCUGCCUCGCAGAGCGAAGUAUAUGCCCGAGGGGAGAGAUCAUGCGGGCGCUGCAGUCGUGGACGGCAAGAUGUAUGUCCUUGGUGGUCGCAAUCAAGGACAGGAGAACGUGAAAGACACAGUCUUUGUUCUAGACCUCUGCGAUCUCAAGUCCGGCUGGAAAGUGCGUAGGGCGAGAAUGCCGACACCAAGGGGUGGUGUUGCUGCAGGAACAGUGGGGACGAAGGUAUAUUUGUUUGGGGGUGAGGGCGACAAGAGCACCGAGAGUGGCGUCUUUGAUCAGGUGGAGGUCUAUGACACUGUGAAAGACAAAUGGGAGAGUGUGGGAAAGAUGCGGAUUCCGAGGCACGGUGCCUAUGCUGUGGGUGUAGGCAACAGAGUCUAUGUGCCGGGUGGAGGUGUGAUGCAGAGCGGUAAACCAGUUGCGGACUUUGAUGUGUUUGAGACCUGA